CGCUGCUAUAAUUGAAGGGCUGAAUAGGAAGCAUCCUUUAUCCCCGUUGCUGAACGAUAUUUUUAUAAAUCCCAACCGAGACUGAGAUAUCCGUGAAAGUAUAGCUUCAUACUGAAAGCAUAGUUGUCAUAGGCCGAGAACUGGCGAGCGAGACCGACGAGGAAGGAAGUGAUACUCGCCACAAAUGUUUCUGGUAUAACGGCAGGCACGCAACUUUCUGGAUUGCUCAUAACAGAUGUAAGGCUUCGGUCGUCUCGGAUUUGGGGGAAAAAGGCUUAAAUGGAUUGCUUGGGGCCGAACAUCUCCCAGUGAUACCGGGCAGAGUGAGCGCGGCGGGACUUCUUAUUUCUCCACAACACUGUGCGGGCGAAGCGCCGAGAGAAACCCGACUUUGGGAGAGAACCGAUACGGCUCUCCGCCGAGAAAAGUGGUCCUGCAACUAAAGCCGGGGCUACCUGAGGCAAUUAUCUUUUUCCAAACCCUGGAAAUGCAAACGACGACUGAAUCGCUCGUUAAUAAUUCGGGGAUUAGUGUAUUCUCUGAAGAUGAGAACAUCGUGCAGAAUCACAAAGUUGAUUCAAGAUUUGGAGACCUUGGGUUUAAAGUGGCUGUGAUAGCUUCCAUUAUCAGCACAGCUGUGAUUCUAUUGAUGAGCAUGGCUUUUUUAACCAAUUGCCUUAUUAAAUGUGUGAAGAAGAAGGAACGAAGGAAGCGACAGAGAGAACCACAAACAUGGUAUCAAAUUGAAUGUAAUGCAAUGGAAGAUCCAAGAAUCUUUUACCAUGGGUAUAAAGGCAGAAACAAUAACAACAAUAAACUCCAGAACAACAUAUUAAUUGAAGAAAUUGGAGAGAACAAAGGAUUCUACAGGUGCCAAAAGAAGCUCACAAAGGAUUUGGAAGUCAUACUGAAUUGCAGUGAAAAUGCAACACAAGUAAUUUUUCAUCCAUGGGACGUAGAGGUUUCCAGAUCUGCCGAUUCUCAGAUUUUAUUAGAUUCAGUGACUGAUGAGCACAUUGUCCAAACACCUGAGUAUCAUCAAUCUCGAGACAAAUCUGAACACUAUAUUCCGACACAUCACACUUGACUCUGGAGCCAUUGCAUCUGCUGGAAUAGUACUUGACUUAGCAAAAUCGCUGCAGGAAAUAAGCAGCUUGGGAAUGACAUGUGCCUUACAAUUUGCAGGACUGAAGAUGUGUGGUUUUAUUAAAAGUUUUACUGACAAAGCGUUUAUAUUAAAGCAAGUGUUUACUCUUGGUAACCUUCCACUUCAAUGAUUUAAUCAACGAAAAAGGACAAAACAUUGCUCUGGCAUUAAUUGUUCAGUUGUUCGAGUGCAGUACGUGAAGCACCUAAGUUGCAGUGUAUCCCACUGCGGCUGAAAAGCAGGUGUGCCUGCCCUAAAGGCUGCACAUCAAAUUUAAAAGCAGAAUGAUAACUUUUCAUUUUUGUUGCCGUUUUUGCAGAAGCAGGUAUCUGAAAUAAUAUUUCCAGCCAUUAUUAUGGUGGCAAUUUCAAGAUGUACUUAUUUCUAGAGUCACAUAUAUCACUGCUUUUCACCUCAAGAUUUAUUGAGCCAGCCACUCUAUAGUUGAGAUAAAUAUUGAAGUGAAAGCAGGUAAUUUAAUCCUAUUGAUGGAUGCAGUUUGGUGAUAUAGUUCAAUUCUCACUGGGUUAACUGUGGGCAAUAAACUAGUGUACAAGGUUACCUACAAGUUGCAAUUUGAAAGGAGCUCUACGUGAUCAAACUUGUACAUGUUCAGCACCUGUCAAGGUAUCAGAAUGACUUUUCACUUUGCCCACGGGAUUUCAAUAACUUCUGGAAUGAUCUGUACAGACUUUGUGGAAGCUUGAUUGCUAGGCUGGAUUGUAGAACCUGCCUGAAGCCUGAUUAAAAUUUAUUGAAACAA